CGCGAUGGAGACGCGCCUGGAAUAGGACUGAAACAUCGUCACUACUUGGACCAUACCGCAUUGUUCCAACCCUGGCUGAUUGACAUACUUCAUGGCAGACGAGGCCAAUGACGAGGUUCGUGAGGUUAGUACUAAGUAUUGCUAGAGAACUUGCAGCUUAUUUCUUUGGUAUUUUUUUUAAUAUCUCUCUGACUCAUUCACUCCAACAGCGCCUCAAAGCAGCUAUUUGGUUCGCUGUCGGGAAAAUCGCCGACGAGGAGUCUCUCAGAAGGAACAGAAAUGUCACGCCUCAAUUCAUCGGCGCUUUGAUGGAGAUGGUUUGGUUACAAAUUGAAAGCGUAGCAAUGGACCUGGAGAGCUUCAGCCGCCAUGCUGGCCGUUCCACCAUUACCACAGAUGACGUUCUGCUUCUUGCCAGACGCAACUCAGAUCUGCAUGGUAUCAUCAAAGACUUUGUGGACAAGAAAAAGGCUACCAAGGGAAAGGGCAAGGCCAAGAGGUGAAAUGCCUAAACGACACGAGACUAUGCGGGAUUGGUCUGCGCGUGGCGGAAUAUUUGAGCACAAUGAAAAAGUACGUGAUUACAAGGAUUGACACAAAGCUAUCAACGUAAUAACUGUGCAGUCCCAUGGCAAAGAUCAAACAGCUCCCAAGCACAUUUGG